CCAUCCGCCGCUCUCCGUCCCGUCCCGUCCCGUCUCCAACAAAACCCCCGCCCCUCCGCCCCGCGCUCCCCCUUUCCCUCCGCCCGGCGCGGCCCCCGUUUUACCGCGGCCAGCAUCGUCGGCUCCACACGCAAACGCCUCCCAGGGAGCGACCAAAAAGCCAGGGCGCCACGGUCUGGCCUGACGGCCCACCUCAGUCCAUCAGGGGCGGGCAGCGCGGAAAACAGAACCGCGCGCGCCUACCUCGCUGCGGCGCCAAGCAAAGCGCGACGGCACGGGGCGGGGCUUUCUGGGAGGUCGGCGGAUGAGAUGGCGCUGCGGCGCAAGGGGAGGUCGGCGGGGCGCCGGGCGGCGGUGAGGUGGUGGCUGCUCUCCCUCCUCGGGGCCGGCGCCGCCGUCACCGCCGCGGCCGCGCUGCUCGCCGUCGCGCUCCACGUCUCCGCGUCCGCCUCCGCCGGCUCUCCCUACCGCCUGGCCAAGCAGCCGCGGGAGGCCGAGGAGCUGCGCUGGGAGCAGGAGUUCGCGCCGCCGCAGCUCGCCUCGCCGCACUCGCGGAAGCUGGACGGCGCGGCCGAAGACGAGCCGGAGAAGAGGCUGUGGCUGCCGGCCCCGUCGCGCCGGUUCGUGCCCUGCGUCUCCCCGUCGCUCGAGUACAGACGCCCGGAGGCAUCCAGGGGGUACCUGCUCGUACACACCAAUGGCGGGCUCAACCAGAUGCGCGCCGGGAUCAGUGAUAUGGUAGCAGUUGCACGUAUACUCAAGGCUACACUUAUAAUCCCAGAACUUGAUAAGAAAUCGUUUUGGCUCGACAAAAGCAACUUUUCAGAUGUCUUCGAUGAAGAACACUUUAUACGUUAUUUGGCAAACGAUGUGAAAGUUGAGAAAAAUUUGCCAAAGGAAUUGGUGAAAGCACCAAAAUCUGUUAGGUACUUCAAGAGUUGGUCUGGAGUAGAUUAUUAUCAGAAUGAGAUUUCUCCACUAUGGGAGCACCGUCAGGUUAUUCGAGCUGCUAAAUCAGAUUCUCGCCUUGCAAACAACUUCCUUCCGCCUGAUAUUCAAAAGCUUCGCUGCCGGACCUUUUUCCAGGCACUUAGAUUUGCUCCCCCAAUCGAAGCUUUAGGCAAUCUAUUGGUGGAGAGGAUGAAAUCAUUUGGACCAUAUAUUGCUUUGCAUUUACGCUAUGAGAAGGAUAUGCUUGCUUUUAGUGGGUGUACGUAUGGUCUGUCAGAUACCGAAUCAGAGGAGCUUGCAAUGAUCAGAGGAAACACAACCUACUGGAAGGUGAAGGACAUUGAUCCAUUAGAACAAAGAUCACAUGGUCAUUGUCCCCUGACGCCAAAGGAAGUUGGAAUGUUUCUUUCUGCCCUAGGAUAUCCAUCAAGCACCCCAGUUUACAUAGCUGCAGGGGAGAUAUAUGGAGGUGAAUCUCAUAUGGUCGAUUUGCAAUCCCGAUUCCCAAUUCUGAUGAACAAGGAGAAACUGGCCUCAGCGGAAGAACUGCGACCGUUCAGCCAAUACGCUUCUCAAAUGGCAGCUUUGGAUUACAUCGUUUCAGUGGAAAGUGAUGUAUUUAUCCCAUCAUAUUCCGGGAACAUGGCGCGGGCUGUUGCCGGUCAUCGGCGUUUCCAUGGCCACAGGAAAACAAUCAGUCCUGACAGGAAAGCAUUAGUUCAUUUGUUUGACAAAGUUGAUAGUGGAUUACUCGAUGAAGGCAAAAGGCUAUCGCAAAAGAUAAUAGAAAUGCACCAGAAGAGACAAGGUUCUCCUCGGAAACGGAAAGGUCCCGUGUCAGGCACAAGGGGCAGCGAUAGGUUUCGCUCAGAGGAGGCAUUUUAUGAGAACCCUCUUCCUGAUUGCCUGUGUCAAUCGAAUGACAAUUCUAUUGUCAACAUAUAACCACGAUCAUGGAGUUAACCGGUCUUCGCUACCCCUGCCCCCUGGCCAGCAUGCCCAGGUACAUAGAGCAAAGGGAGGCGCAUACUGAUAAAGUUCCACAGCAUUAGAGAUCUGCUUAGGUGACAUUACGGUCCAACGAUUCGUUGGCACACACGGUCCGGCUCUCAUUCCGCAGAACAAGUUGCCAAUGUAUCAAAGAAUCGAAGAUGUUCAGAGCAGCUGUACAGCGGUUUAGAUGUAACUGCAGUUUGUAAGCUUGGGUAUAAUUAUUACCUCUUGUAAGUAUAGGACUAAUAAAGAGCGGAGGAUAGUUUCUGUUGAAACAUCUUGACGCUAGUAGUAUCUCACUGGAGAUAGUUUCUGUUGACUGACAUCACACGAUGGCAGCAUGAGGAUGAGUAUGUUCAGAACACGGCUGUGCAGGGCUUUAGAUGUAGCUGCAGUUGUAAGCCUCCUGUGUAGGUAAAACCAAUAGAAUAAGAGGAAUAGGUGAAACAUGCUGAAUUCCUAGCUGGGUAUUUCUGAAUCAAAGCUUGAGCUUGGACGAA